CUCUAUAGUACUUGGUCCAGUGCUACCAAUGACUUUUGCCCGUGGAGAUUCUAGUAAGCACUAUCUCUUACUGAAACCUUAGUUGGAAUGAUUCUGUCCUUGCUGGCAAAUAUUCGACGUGGCGUAUGGCCUUGUUUCUGAGCCAGUUUUAACUGGCGCCUUGAAGAUGCAUUGGCUAAUAGAAACGAUGCCUAGCACCUCCGACAUUUUCGAGUACUUAGUGCGCUGCUUCGCAUAUGUGUUGUGGCCGAACUCUGGACUGCUUGGUGCUAGUACUGGGUAUACACUGGUAUUUUACGUAUGUUUGAAACAAGCGGAGUACUGCCAGCUGUAUGUAUGGAGUACUUAGCUAGUGUAUCUUAUCUAGUAAGUAGCUACUGCAGUCAGUUCCUAUCUUGGUACCAGACCAAAAGCACAAAGACCCGGCACAAAUGCUGUAACUGGGAUAGUUUCAACGCCCAUUCAGCCAUGGCGAAGUGGUCAUGUGAAUUACAGUCCGCAGCGGUGUUCCAAUGCUCACCCGAGUAUAAUGUUGAAAUAUAGGGAGAGGAACAGGACAAAUAAACUAGAACAAAAGAUUAAUAAUGAUAAUAAUAAUAAAAUACUCCCAAAGGGAGACAAGAAGAAAGGAAAAUAAAGAAGAAAGGGAAA